GUCGUGAUCCGGAUUCUGAUUCGGAGCUGGCUGCCGAGCUGCUGCAUGACUACAUGCACGGGGAUUUGCACACGGCGUUUGCUGAAGAUGCUCGAGAUGUGUUCUACAAUGGGAUAGAGGUGAAUGGUGUGCGGCUGCACCUGGCGGCUAUCAUGGGCAAGGGCGAUUGGAAGUACCUUCGUCAGGCAUACCGACUUUCGACCGGGUACAUCUGCAAGGACAAGUGCCACCUUUGCGAAGACUGGCAUGUGCUUUCGAAAGAUGCUAUUUGGCGCACUACGAUUGCGAACAGAACUACAUCUCCCCACAAAACUGACGAUGUGGGCCUGCUGCUAAUUCCUGGGAUCAGAACGCAAACAAUCAGCACGGACCCCAUGCAUACGUUUCAUAUCGGAUGGGGCCAGGACCUAGCUGCGUCUGGAGUGAUUCUGCUGGCGACUGUUGGGGCCUUUGGAGAGGGGGCUUUGGACUCCCGGUUGGAGGUCGCUUACGCAUCUUUUAUUGCCUAUUGCUCUGCCCAUGGUAAAACGACAAGUUGUGACCGAUUUUCAAAGCAAACCUUCGACAUGACAAGCAACAAUUCCUGGCCGACAUCGCUUGGGGGAAAAGCGUAUGAUACAUCGCUUGUUUUGGCCUGGCUUGAACAGCACUUGGCGGACAUGGUAGCGAUCCAGGAUGCUAUUGUGGACACAUUGCGCUACACUGUGCACUGUGCGAACUUCUACUUCCGCACCAGUAGAGAGCAUGGGGUCUUUGUUCCUCAUGAAGUCCGGCUGUUGGUAGCAGCAGCUGGGGAGAACAUGGUUGAAGGCUUUGGUAUCCUCGCUACCCUUGCAAAGCAAAGAGGCCUGAAGCUUUUCAGGCUACGCCCAAAGAUUCAUCUCAGCCAGCAUCAGACCCUGGACUUAUUGCGUGGGGAGCACUUGGCCCUCAACACUUUAUGUAUGGCAUGCUGGCAGGACGAGGAUUUCAUCGGGCGGUGCUCACGCUUAGCUCGUACUUGCGGCCCUCAAAAGUUGACUACUCGGUGUAUGCAGAAGGCUUUGGGAAUGUACAAAGAACAGUUUGAGCUGGCGAGGCGCUGA